AUGUUUUCGCAACUCUGGCAGUGGCGCUCCCCAAAAGCGGUCGAGUCAAAACAGGACGCACAACUUACGAAUACCACCCCACCUCCAGCACCGUCCUCCCAGCUCCUCACGCUCCCCAACGAGCUCAUCCUCGAGAUAUCCACCCAUCUCACGACGCCCAAAGACCUCCUCUCUCUUCUCCUCACCACUCGCGCCUUCCCCCCACUCCUCCAACCCAUCCUCACCACCUACGCAUUCAGCUCCCCUACCUACCCUGGCGCCCUCCAGACCGCAGCCCGCACCUCCAACCUCCCUCUCGUCCACACCCUCCUUCGCACCAUCCCCGCACCCACCCACCGCCGCACUCAGUUCACAACAACAAUCGUCGCCCUCCUUAUCUUCCACGGCGCCGACAUCUCCGCCCGCGCCCCCGCAGCCAUAACACCCCUGCAUUACGCCGCCUUCCACAACCUCCCUGAAUGUGCAGCGCUCCUCCUGUCGGCGGGUGCCGACCCCAACGCGGCCGACGCCUUCGGCCGCACACCUCUUCACUGUGCCGCGGCCUCUGGUGCCAGCUCCGUCGUUCGCAUACUCCUCCAGCACGGCGCCGAUGCGCGCGUACGUGACCGGUAUUAUCGCCUGCCGGUGUCGUAUGGUAAUGCGUAUUACCGGCUGGGCUGCACGGCGCAGUUGUAUAAGGCCAUGGGCGAGAAGUGGGCGUAUCCGCCGCGGGUGCAGAUGCGGUGCUUGGUGCUUGAUACGCUGCUGGGGUGGGUGUUUCGGUGUCGCGGGAGGGUGGGGUUUGGGCUGGUGUUGGGGCUGGUGGUGUUGUGGGUUAUACCGGCGGUGCUGCUGGUGGCGGUAGGGAGAGCGUUGAGGGUGGACAGGGCGUGGAUGCUGGGGAGGUGGGCGUUGGGGCUGGGGGCGGGGCCGGAGUGGGGGGAGUAUGGGGUUCGGGGGAAGGAGAUGGAUGAGGAUGAGGAUUAG